AUGGAAGGCGAAGCUGUAUCAUUCAAGCCAUCCGCACCGGUGCACGUUGUUCUCUGCGCUGAUUGUGGUGUCCCCAUCGAACCAAACUCCGCCAAUCUCUGUGUUGGGUGUCUGCGUAAUACCGUGGACAUCACGGCCGAGAUUCCAAAAUCUUCUUCCGUCACCUUCUGCAGGGGUUGCGAGCGAUACGCUAACCCUCCCAAUGGCUGGAUGCUCGCUGAUUGGGAGAGCAGGGAACUUCUCGCUAUUUGUCUUAAGAAGCUCAAGGGUCUGUCCAAGAUUAGGCUGAUCGACGCCGGCUUCAUCUGGACUGAGCCUCACAGCAAGCGUAUCAAGGUUAAGCUCACCGUUCAGAAGGAGGUUCUCGCAAACACUAUCCUCCAGCAGGUGUUUGAAGUGACGUACACUAUCCUCGGUGCCCAAUGUCCUGAUUGUACUAGAAUGGCUGCCAAGAAUACUUGGCAGACUUCCAUCCAAGUCAGGCAGAAGGUCCCUCACAAGCGUACUUUCUUCUACCUCGAACAGCUCAUUUUGAAGCACGGUGCUCACAAAGAUUGUGUCAACAUCUUGGAACGAAAGGAUGGUCUCGAUUUCUACUAUCUCCAAAGACAGGCAGCUCUCAGGAUGCUAGAAUUCCUUCAGAACGUUGUCCCAAUCCGUUACAAGUCUAGUGAAGAAUUGCUUACAACCGAUGUGCACACGGGUUCAUCCAAGUAUAAGUUCACCUACUCAGUCGAGAUAGUUCCAGUGUGUAAGGAUGAUUUGGUUUGCUUGCCUAUAAAGCUCGCCAGGCAAUUCUCCAACAUAUCCCCAUUGGUGUUAUGUGCAAGGAUAGGUAACUCGGUCCAUCUCCUCGAUCCAUUCACACUGCACACUACAGAUGUCACAGCUCCUACAUAUUGGAGAGCACCGUUCGAUACACUGGCAACGGUGGGAGAGUUGACAGAGUACAUAGUUCUCGACGCUGAGCCAGUCGGUCCAACCCGAGGCAAACUUGUCCUGGCGGAUUUACAAGUAAUGAAGGCAUCAGGUGGAGCUUCUGACGAUGAGAUAGUGCACACUCGUACACACCUCGGACAUAUCCUCCAAGCAGGUGAUACAUGCUUAGGAUACAAUAUUAGAGAAAGUAACUUUAACAGUGACACAUUCGAGAGUCUGAAUCCGGAUAGACUUCCUGAUGUGGUCGUUGUGAAGAAGGCUUACCCUAACAGACGCAAGAAGAACCGUCCACGUAACUUCAAGCUCAAGUCGAUUGCCAAAGACGCAGAAGACUCGAAUGUGGAGGGUGCGUUCGGUAGAGGUGCACUUGGAAGACGUGGUGGUGUGGAUACAGACAAGGUUGAAAAGCAGUAUGAAGAAUUUUUGAAUGACUUGGAGGAAGACCCAGAAAUGAGAGCAGGCGUUAAUAUGUAUAGAUCACAGGAGCAGAAGGACAAGGCUGAGGAGGAUAUGGAUGAGAGUGACGUAGGAGAAGUGGAAGUUGACGAGAAUUUGCCAAAGAUGGAUGAGCUAAUGGAAGAUCUCGAAGAGAUGAAUAUAGAAGAGUAG